GCUGGGGGGCUGCCAUUUUUUCCUGCUAACAUUUUAGAUGCUAAACAGAGGGAAGGGUGGUCGUCGUGUUUUUUUAUUUAAUUUACCCCGACUAUUGAGCUUUAUACAUUAUUUGUUUCGCCACCCCUAGUCGCUAACCUAAAUUGAUGUUGAAUGAAUUCGGCAUGGAGAGAAUAGCGGAGCAGUCGUGGAAUUCUUCAUACACCUAUCAGGUGAGCAAUCAUAGCGCGGAGAUGCUACACAACCUCAACAUUCAGAGGAAAGAUGGAGGCAGGUUUUGCGAUGUGAUCUUGUGCGUUGGCGAAGAGAGCUUCCCUGCCCACAAGGCGGUACUGGCGGCGUGCAGCGAGUACUUCGAGUCCGUUUUUGGUUGUCAAACGGAGGGCGACGGGGAGGCAAAAGAACUCGAGAUGCAUACGAUAAGCCCCAAAGUUUUUAAAGACAUUUUGGACUUUGUCUACACCUCUAGGAUUGUGGUACGAUUGGAAUGUUUCCCCGAGUUGAUGACAGCUGCUAAGUUUCUGUUAAUGCGUUCUGUCAUCGAGAUAUGCCAAGAAGUAAUCAAACAGUCCAAUGUACAAAUCCUUGUACCACCCUCUCGAGGAGGCGACGUCAGUUUGUUCCGUGCCACGGGGGGCUCUGAAUUGGGUUUCAAAUUAGCCGUAGACAUGUCAAAUGGGGAUGGCUUGUUGGAAAAUAGCAACAAUGGGCACACAGUGGACGGAAGUCAUGCCAAUGACACUGUCGUGUCGGAUAGCAGCCCCCAGUCCACUAUUCCAGUCCUGCAGCCCGUGUCUCCAUCAGAGAAGACGGGCAACCGGUUCCAAGAAGAGGGAUCUCCGGGUUCUAAGAGAGGCAGGGGACGACCAAAGAAAGCGACAGCCAUAGAGCAUAUACAUUAUAACCACAGCACCUCUGACGUUAAAGACAUUGAGCAGCUAUUUCCUUGUGGAAUAUGUGGCAAAGCAUUUACAGAGGCUGUGCGGUUGAGAAAUCACGAAGCGCAGCAUGGAGCGUCCAGCCAUGGCGCGAGUAGCGGAGGCGGCCCUACCUUGAUAACGCACUCUGGUCAGCCCGGUCUGUUGGAGAAUGGCAUGCCCUUGCAUGGAACAGUAGAUAUCAGCCGUAAACGAGAGAGGACGAGACGUCACGUUGGCUGUGACAUUUGUGGAAAGGUGUUCCGGGAUGUCUACCACCUGAACCGACACAAAUUGUCUCAUUCCGGGGAAAAGCCAUAUGCUUGUCAUGUCUGUGGCCUGCGAUUCAAGCGCAAGGAUAGGAUGUCAUACCAUGUGCGAUCACACGAUGGAUCUGUGGGCAAACCUUACGUCUGUCAAAGCUGUGGAAAGGGGUUUUCAAGGCCAGACCAUCUUAAUGGACACAUCAAGCAGGUUCACACAACAGAGAGACCCCAUAAGUGUCAGAUUUGUAAUGCCUCCUUUGCUACGAGAGAUCGUCUGCGGUCUCACCUGGCUUGCCACGAGGACAAGAUCCCGUGCCAGGUAUGUGGGAAGUACCUCCGGGCUGCGUACAUGACCGACCACCUCAAGAAACACAGUGAAGGACCUCACAACUACUGUAGCAUAUGCAACAAAGACGGGCAAGAGAAUGCUGGGAAAUGCCCCCAUCAGGCAGAAUCUGAGGGAGACGAGCCGUCUUUCAGGGAGCUGUCCAAUGGCGACGAGAUGAAAUCUCUGCAUAAGUCUGAGGGGGAGGAGCUUGGGACUCCGACACCAUUCGCCUGCAACGGAGCCUCUGCUGGUACUGGGGCAGUGCAGGGGUCGCCACCAGGUGGCGCUAAAGCCAAUACCAGCCAGGACUCUCCAGAGAAAAAGUUCCCCUGCAGCGAGUGCACCCAGACCUUCCGAACAAAAUCCUACCUCAACAAGCACGUCAACAGAGUGCAUCAUCAUGGGGUCCAGAAGAGUCUGGUGGUGGGUGCAGGGUCGGGGUCAGGUCUGGGGGAGCUGGGUCCAUCGCUGGGCUCGCCCUUCUCUCCACAACAGAACAUGUCUCUGCUGGAGUCGUUUGGCUUCCAGAUUGUCCAGUCUGCCUUUGCCUCUUCGCUGGUGGACUCUGAGGCAGGGCAUAGUGGGAUGGAGCCGGGGGGGAAGUGACCCGUAGGUCUGAGGGAAGGUGGGGGGAACGUGAACCUAGAUUUGUGGGGGAAAUGAGGGAACGUUGCCCCUAAGUCUGUUCAGCCUAUCAGAUGGAAGGGAAUGACGUUGUCUUUAGACUACUUUGCUGUUCAUGGCAUCAUCUUUCACUGUUGUUGUUUAUCACCUUCUGUUACCUUUCUGUGUCAUGGACCUCGCUAAUACUAUCAAUAUAAAUGUUUUCUUCCAUUUCAUAGCAAUAUAUAAAAUGUACAUUAACAUUAAGCAACUUCAAAAGCUUUUUUGAAUCUGCUGUCUUUGAAGUCUACCGUCAAUCAUGUUUUUGUUUUUAUUGAAUUUGUAUUGUUUAUGACAUAACCAUCCGCUUAUGAUCCAUUACCAAACACACGCACAUAUAAGAAACAUAUAUUAGUCAAUGCUGUUAUUGUUGUUAUCAUGUCUGGUCCAGGGUUUUUUCUUAAUCAAAAUGGGGCUUAGGUGGUGGAUGUGGGCGUGGCCAUGGCACAGUCGCCGACCAAACAUUUUAGAGGCCCGAUCGGGCACCGAAAGAAGAUUUCCUGCAGUUUCACCAAGCUAGUUUCUUGCAGUUCCACACAUUUUAUCAUGGGGCUGAGGGGAGGGGGGGGGGGGGGGGAUUUCCUGCGAUUGUACACACUUUACCAUGGCUUAUGCGCGUUCUUAUGCUAGCUGAGUGACUCAAACAUUAAAACAAAAUCAAUGUGGGGCCCCAUGCCAUGACAAUUAUUUUUUCUUUUUUUACAUUUUAGAUUCUCCCUGACUGUCUAGUUUUUUUUAAUUUAGAUCCAAAGAGGAUCUGUUUGAAAAAUAAAUAUGCCUAGGACCAUUAUCUUUUCAACAUACGUUAUAUCUGGUUUUAGCCGUUUACACUGAAAACGUUUUCACUGUUUGGACUUAGGCGGCCCGGACAAGACUUUUCUAUGCAGAAAAAACCCUGAGGUCCUAGCCAUAUUGGUAAUCUAUGGGUUAGUACAUAUGUUGACUGGGUCAUUUUGAAAUGCGUUGUUAUCUACAUGGUUUUCACAGCUGCAGUGACACCUUCUAACCCAAGGUUCCCCCUUACUUCAGACAGAGCCUCUGAUGGGAAGAGGCUGCAGAUGGACAUCUAGUCCAACUUUGAAUAUACAGGAAAGGGGGAUACCUAGUCAGUUGUACAACUGAAUGCAUUCAACUGAAUAUGAUCAGUCAAAUCUACCAGUUUCUGCAGGGCAAGAAUAUAACCUUAUGCCUCAGUAUGGCUGUUACAUUUGAGAAUGUUGUAUUCUCUUAUGACAUUUUAAAGAACCAAUGUGUUUGUUAGUCACAUACUUGUGAAAUCAGUUCUGGAUAUUCAACAGGGACCAAGUUCAGGUUUGACUAUUAGAAAUCGUGAGAAAUGUAGAAUAUAUAUUUUAUUAACUUAUUGAUUGCCCUGUCCGCGUUAUGCACAAAGUUUUUUUUUUUUAAUAAAUCAACGUUUGAGAUGUCAAUGUGCUGUGCUGAUUUUACUCUUAAGUUAUGCUAGAUACGGGAGGCCUACUAGGGAGCGACAAAAAGAGUAUGUAUGCUGAAGUGUGUGUUUGGUGCUCUGAUAUGUGUGCUUUUGUCCUCAGAAUGUAAUCAACCAGAAGGCUUUUGGUCUAUAAUUUUGCUCUAUUACUUUCAGUACAUUCCUGCUUUUAUUUAUAGUUAUAUUGUGAUUGUAACGAGUGUAUAUGACAUUCAUAUAUAUAUAUGAAAUGCAUAUAUAUGUGAUCAAACCUAAUGAUUGAUUUUAAUAGUUUGUCAAUUAAUGGGGAUCCUGUGUAUGUGUGUGUGUGUGUGUAUAUAUAUAUAUAUAUAUAUAUAUAUAUAUAUAUAUAUAUAUAUAUAUAUAUAUAUAUAUAUAUAUAUAUAAAUGUUUUUUUCCUUCCUUGUCAAUGAUGGAAAGAGGUGUUUUGGUGGUGGUUGUUUGAUUUGAAAGGUUUUCCUCACAGUGCAUGCCCAUGAAUCUGCUGUGUACUGUUCUGGAUAUAAAUGUUUUUUGGGGGUGUGGAUGGUGACGGAGGUUUCGCUGUUCACUGUAGACCUGGGUUCAAAAAGUACUCAAAAAGCAAUUGCUUGAGUCUGGCUGGAGUGACUGAUGGGUGGGUUUGCACUUUUGGGACUCUUCUAUUGUGACAGGCAAGCUAAAUCAAAUACUAUUUGAACCCAGGUCUAGUUCACGGUGCUGUUACCUGGCUCUGGUAGUGUACACACUACCAGUUUAGUGAUACGACCCAUGGCUUUGAUCAAUCAGUCUGUUGAGGUCAUAUUAAGCUCUUUUUAUAUCCCCACUGAAUAGUGAUGCUUUUCACACGGCAAAUGGAGUAAAAACCGUUUAUAAAGGCCUGUUUUGUGUUAUUUAUUUGAUAAGUGAGAGACGAUGCUGUUUAGAAAUAUGCUCUUAUAUAAUUGGUGGUUGUGGCAACACUUAGGAUCGCCCGAACAUGCUAAUCAAAUCAUCUGGUGGUAUUGUUUUAUUUAUCUCACCUGUUUUGGUACUUCAAUUUAUAGAUGUUUUUAUUGAUUGAUUGCUUGGAUACUUACCUUUGCUGUUUUCUUGUCUUAUUCGGUUGGUCUGUUGCAAAGUGCCUUCCCAAUACUGAUUGUGCACAGCAGUGGAUUUGAAACGCGAGAUAAAAAAAGGACCUUUCUCUCUAAAUGGUAAAUCAUGCGCAGAUUGACUUGCAAUGACACUUUUGUACGCAUAAAAACAUGCACACACAGAAGAUGUACAUUUGUAUAUGUAUGUUACCUUGGUAUUUUAUCUCUGUACUCUGCAAGAUCGUUGAACUUUAAAAAACAUUUGAGUUACAUGUUUUGUCAUAAAACCUUUGGACAUAUUUCAAUAUAAGCAUACUUUUCUAUAGAUGUCUGUUUUUGUACACUGUUUUUGAGUCUGUCAUCGCUGUCUAAUUGAUGCAGAGAUGGGGAUUCAAUAAAGAUGUAUCUGAAACUGUU